UAUCCACAAAAGGUUCCUCUGCUCCUGUGCAUCAGGCCUGGUCGCGUAGCCAGCGUCCCUCAUUACACGACGGCUGAUUCCAGACGGACGGCAGUAGAGACUCAGCCACCUCUGUAGUCCAGGCGCGCCGUCGGCCAACACUACAGGAGGAGCACCGUAUUUGGCUAUUAAAGGAAAGGUUCCGCUUUGCGCGGAAAGCGAGAUAGAUGACGCUCUCCUCUCCCACAACCACAGGCCUUCGGCUGCCGCCAUGGGCUUGCUGCCUCGCUCUUGCUGGUCUUUCGCUACUCACGCGGAACAUCCCUUCGUGCGCGGGCUUGGAGGUGCUUGAGACUGUAGUUGAUCGCGAUGGUGAUGUUCUUGUGGUCGAGGAUAUUUUGGAGGGCUUUGGCAGGGUGCCCGUGUCGGUAGCCUUUUCGCCCACGACAACUCACAUGUUCAUCGGGUUCAAAGCCGGAGGAGUCCGGAUAUACCCUGAUGGGGGAGACACCCUGGUGGCAGCCAUCUACGACGACUGCGUGGACAUGGAGGACGAGGUGUACGAGAACAAUGAUCUGGGCCUGCUGAACUUCCAGCUGCACCCGGACUGGCCCGCCACUCCCUACGGGUACAUGCUCUACACGCAUGACCCCGGGUACGGGGAUGACUGCCUCGUGGAGCCCUUUUGGUGCGAAAAGGACCAACGUCUUGCGCGAGUGGAGGUUAAUCUGAACGAGGCUACCCAAAGCGUUACGUGCGGCGCCCAAGAGAUCCUCAUCAACGAUUGGUGCACGGGUUCCAACCACCACGGGGGAGGCGGCAUGUCCUUCUUGAGCAACGGCGACAUGGUGCUGACAGUGGGGGAUAUGUCCAAGGCGGACCAGCGUGAUCCGGGCGACCAGGAAGAGAACACGUGCUUGAGGGAGGACAGGGGCCUCCCGCAGGGGAACUUCCGCGCUCAGUUCGACGACUUCAACGAGGGGAAGCUGCUGCGAAUAUCGUCGGACGCCCUCGUUGCGGAGGCGACCGCAGAUGCAUCCACGACUGGCUUCCUCGUGCGCGACACCGACUUUUGGCUUGAGGCCAAGGGUUUCCGUAACCCCUUCCGACUGGCCGUUUCUCCUGUGUCUGGUGAUGUCAUCAUCGCGGACGUCGGGCUUGACUCGGCGGAGAGCAUCAAGGUCGUGCCCAACCCCCUCGAGGCCGCGGAAACGGUCAGCAUGCCCAACUAUGGUUGGCCUUGCAUCGAGGGGGACGCAUGGAUACCGCCCUAUGCCGCCGAGUGGCUGGCGGACAACGAGAGCGACGCCUGCGAUGAUGUCCGUGACACCACCCUCGGUCUUCCUCUCGAAAUCGACUACGACGCCUUGAAGACCAAGGCCUUGGCUGGACAAGUGGAUUGGGUGCCGCCGGCCUACGUCUACCUCGACGGCACGAUUGAUGAGGAGUACCCGGAGUUCUGCGCCAACACCCAGUCGUCGGUGUCGGCGCUGCACGUCUACGAAGGCGGUCACCUCCCAGAGCGCUACCACAACAGGCUGUUUGUCGGUGAUUACUCCAAGGACUGCGCGUUCUACUUCGACAUCGAUGAGACGACCGGUGUGGUGGACUGGGCCACGCCUCACGUCCUCUUCGAGAACCGUGCCAUCGUCGACUUCGCCACCGACCCCAAGACAGGCAUCAUGUACGCGAUUGACGCCAAGUUUUCCAUCCUCAUCAAGAUCAUGGCCAUCGACGGACCCUUGACAUCGGGAGGACCGACCAUCGUACUCGAGGCCGAUGCCCUCGAAGGCCCGUUGCCGCUUGAUGUGACGAUCGAUGCCUCGGGGUCCUCGGACGCGGAGGGGAUCGUUCUGUUGGAGUGGGACUGCGAAGGUGACGGGGUGUUCGAGGCCGAGAGCGACUGGACCGUGGCAAGCGCCAGAAACCACACGUGCACCUACACGGUCGACGGCACCUACGAGCCUUCGGUCCGAGCUACUAAUGGCUUGGACGAGACUGCCGUGAAGUCUUUGGAGGUCCUGGCAGGCGAAGUGGCGGCCCCGGCACCUACCCCAGCGCCAUCGGCGGCCGCCACGGAAGCCGCCGCCAUCACCACCGCACCCGUGGCCCCUCCCGUCGGAGACGCUCUCGAGUCGCCGGUGGAGCUGGAGUGGGAGUUGAACGAUGCUACGGGCGUGUUUAUGGGGGAGAUCGAGAUGGGGGCGGUGACGAUAGACAACUUCUGGGGGGUGACGACCACGCGCGCCUUCAACGGCCAGAUCCCAGGCCCCACGAUUCGCAUGGAGGCCUGCCAGACAUAUGAGCUGACGUACACCAACAACCUCGGGCCCCUCAACCCUGGCGGCGCGUGGAACACCAUGAAAGACCCCAACACCACUAACCUCCACACGCACGGCCUGCACAUCUCUGGAGAAAGCCCCGCCGAUGACGUCCUGUACGUGGAGAUCACCCCGGGGGAGAGCCACACAUUCGUGUACACCAUCCCGUGUGAUCACGCGGGAGGGACGUUCUGGUACCACCCACACCACCACGGCUCCACCUCUCUGCAGAUGGGCGGUGGCGCCAUGGGGGCAUUGGUGGUCGAGGACAGGGUUGACGUGCACGGCAUCCCCGACCAGAUCGCCAACAUGCCAGAGCUCGUGAUGGUGAUCCAGGAGAUGAACCCGGAGCUGAGCACUGCGGACAGCGAUGCUAGCGGCGAUGAGCUCUACUCGACCACGGCUGCUCAAACCCACUACCUCGUCAACGGACAAGUGAUGCCGACGAUCCAGAUGACCACGGGCGAGUGGGUGCGAUUGCGAAUGGCCUUCGCGGGACACGGCGACAACCACGCCAUCUCGAUCGAAGCCCCGGAAGACUCGUGCGAGAUGGCAGUCCUGGCUAAGGACGGGGUGUAUCUGGGAGAGGUGCCGCGGAUGGAGCCCAAGCUGUUCUUUACGCCGUCCUCUAGGGUUGACACUGCCGUCCGGUGCUCGGUGGCCGGGGACUUCGAGUUUAGGAUCGAGUCGACGCGCAGCAUCAAUUCGACUACGCCCCUGGCGGCCUUGUAUGUAGAGGGAGGCUCAUCCUCCCCGGAUGAUGACUUGGACACCUGGACGCCAUGCAGGCCCUACUACCUCCAAGACUUGGUCAACGCCACGUUGGGUGGCGAGACGCUUGGCCUCUUGGUUCGAGAGACGAUCGGAGACGAGUUCUACAGCGGGCCCGAAAACUUCGUGGUGAACAUGACCGUUGACGAGAUACAGGAGUGGAUGUUGGAGGGGUCGGAGCAACACCCCUUCCACAUGCACGUGAACCACAUGCAGUUCGCCAUUGUGGACGGGCCGUCGCUGGUACCGGGCUGGAACCACGUUGGUGACUGGGUGGACACCGUCUCGACGACUGUGGCGGUCGUCCGGUUCCGCACGGAGCGUUACGGUGGCCACGUGGCCAUGCACUGCCACGUCAACUCCCACAGCGACACUGGAGUGAUGGCCGUCGCUGAUAUCGACGGGGGCGAGGGUCCCAACGAGGACCCGAUCGCGCUUGCCGCUGGAACUUGCGGUAUCGAAGGGGUUGCCGGAUACGGCUACAACCUGAGUGCCGACGAUACCGCCGAGACAGACGAAGACGGGUACGACGACGACGCUUCUGCCACCGCCGAGGAGAGGGCGACUGUCGGCAGCGGCAGCGGCAGCGGAGGCGACGGCUCGGUGGACCCCGAGGACACGUGGUGGGUUGCGGCCGCCGCCGGUGCCGGGGUAGGGCUCGGUAUCCUUCUGUGCGGCGGGUUGUUGAUGAGCAAGUUCGGCAAGAGGGACGCGGUCGCCGGGGCGCGGGCAGCAGCACCGGCUAAGGAUAGCGGCGGGGCUGCGGACGAGACCAAGGCCGAGCCGAUGUAAAGGGAGGCGGGCCCUAGGACACACACACACACACACACCUUCGUUGUCGCUCUCGUGUUUUGGUCGCUAUCUCUCCGGUCAAGUCACGUCACUCGCUUAUUUCACUCUGGUUGUGAAGCGUGGGACCUACGAACUGCCCACACUUCCCCUCCAUGUUGAAUGCUCUAUCGAGAACGGUGUGUUGUUGUUGUUACAAGUAGUUCGGAAUGCUUUACUAAUAGUUAGCGGCGUACGGGGAGACCGAGUCCGUCUCUUGUGGUUCUCUCUUUGGAGUCGACUGACGUUUUUUAUGUUGCUGUAGCGUACUUGCGCCGCCCAUUGCUCUAGGUAGUGGCGUGUACAUGUGCUGGUGUCGUAGUGUUUUGUAGUUUGAGGAGAGGGCGGAGGGUACGGGCGCGGCAAAAAAGGUAACAUAGCUGCCGCCGCCCCCGCCCGCCAUGAGUAGUGGAGCGGAAGAAAGCCGAGGCAUCAUGAAACUUUGACGGAAUACUGAUGCCCUCGUGCGAUGGUAGUUGCCGAAGUACCGUUAGGGCGCACGGAUGGCGGGCGAAGUACCGCACUUGCUUGCCCUUUGCAUCCAGAUAAGGGGCGGUACUGCCAUGGUGUUGUAUGGGUUAGGUUAGGGUCUGCCGUUCUCUCGUCCACUAGACACUGGGCACAGGAGAUCAGGAAGAGGAUCCGAGAUCUCAGGAAAGGUGGUCUCGCAGGUGUUGCUUUGUGGAUGGGAAGAAAGAUACGCACGCUGCAAGCAGUAGCUAAACGAGCGCUCCUGUGCAUGUUACAUCUAUUCAUACUCGGCUUUCUGUCAUGCUAUGUGCAAACCACUGCUGUGGUGCGGUCGACACGUGCGAAGUCGUUGCCCACUCCUUGAUUUUUACUGGUUGGCAGUUGGUCUAGUACUGAUUGCCCCAUCUAUGCCCCUCUGGGAAUUUUGGAGCAAAAUUGUUAAGGGAUGGACGGUUCUCGUUGUUUUGUCCUUGUCUUGCUGGAUUUUUUAUGACAACUUUUUAGUUCUUUUUUCGUUCAUGUCUUUAAUUGGACCGUAUGUUGGCUUAGCUUGGCACGUGGCGGCGUAAAUUCGAUUCUGUGCUUCUGAUUGGCAGGGAACAUGAGAUGCAGGAUAAGACCAACAGGGCGGUUUUGAACGUCGGGGUAAAUAUGCACCUGUUGGGACAGGAUCAUGUGAGGGGUGGUUUGGUUGUCUGUGUUGCGUGCCUGGAGCCGGGGCGGGAAGGUCUCUUGGGCUCCGUUCGCUUUGGCGACGCCGCAAUGCGCGAAAAACAAGCCGUUUCACGCACGUUCGUUUCGACGUGAUUGCAAAUCGCUAUCUCACCUGCAACGGGAAGGAAUGUAGGAUGUAUGAACAGUAGUUCUCAAUUUUGCGGCGGAAUUGUUCUUUGGCUUGGCUUGGUUCUCAAGUCGAGGGAGUAUUUACUAGUUACCGCAGUUGUUUGGUUCGUUUCGACUGUGAAGCCUGCUGAAUGGUUUUGGUUGUGAGUCAAGAGGGAUUCUCGACGAGGGGGGUAUGCUGUCGAAUCGUGUUGGUUGGUGUGUUAUACAAAAAUAUUUACCGAAAAGAAAACUGGCAUACAGUAGUAGGGUAUUUUUUGUUUUGGGAAGUUGACACAUCGAUUGGCAUUCGUAUCUGUGUUUUCCUCUGCUGCGAUGUUUUGCCCUUGGGGAUCUUGAUUUUGUUUGCUCGAACCUACUCUCUCUCUCUCUCUCUCUCUCUCUCUCUCUCUCUCUCUCUCUCUCGAGUGUUUCCCGGCACUUGCAUCCCAAACGUGAACGCACCGCUCGCGUUUGUAUGCCCCCUUGGUCGAGGAUUAGUCUGGUGUUGCGAGGUUCCGAAUCCCGUACUGCUCGAUCGCGCUUUGUUUGGGAUAUCCUGGCUAGAUAAAGUGCACUGGGGCGAUAGGUUCGGAGUCGUUCAGUCAUGGGGGGUGUCGGAAGAUUCUUGUGAGAUUUUCUCUACUUGGUUGAUGUUUCGCUCUGCUUUCGUCUCCUUCUCUGUCUCUCUCUUUUCUCUUUAUCCUCGUUUGUGUUUGUAUUGGUUCGUGUUGGAUGUUCGAUUUGCGUGGGUGUUGGUGUCAUCACGGUUGGUUACCGUGUCUGUUGACUUGUAUCGCGCUGCGUUUGUUUCAAAAGGUGCACAUCCGAUAUCGGUUACCUGUCGGUCACCUAGAUAUUGGAUAUUCUGUAGUCUAUUUCUUGUUUGGGGCGCAUAUUAUAUUUUGGUCCUGUUGUAGGAGAGGUUUGGGUGAUGGGACUGCUGGUGUUGCUGUCGAAAGUUCAAGUUUCUACAUUGUGAAACUAUUGGCCUCGUCACUUGCCGGUUAGCGCUGGGUUUGGAAAGGAAUCGUAGGACACCGCCGGUUCCCUAAGCGGCCGGGGCCGUCCCUCUUGUACCGCCUUUGACAGUUGAUUGGUUUCUGUAGUGACUGACUUUUAACGUCCUCUCUCUCUCUGCGAUAAUGUUUACUACAGCAGUGCACAAGAGCCGCAUACCCUUUGCAAUUGUAGCAAGAUGCAGCUCACAUCCAUGCGACUCGCGGAAGACCUCACGGCGCUUCGUGCUCGGUGUUGUGCUAGCCUAGUUCGGCGGAAACCCGGCGUGCUUCGUCCCGCCUUUGUUUGGAGGAAUGCGUUGUCAAUGAUCCAACUACCACGGCAUGCACGGUCAUGAGUAUGACACCCCCCUCUACUCUGUCAGCACAUGC